CUGGGUUUCACGGUGCCUCCUGCUCCAUGGCUUGUUCUGAGACGUGCUGUAAUGGAACCUGUCAUCACGUGACUGGUCAGUGUGACUGUUGUGUGUCAGGCGACGCGGACGAAAAGAUAGAGGAAGGUAGGCGUAUUGAUACAAGUGGUGUACAUUGGUAAUUGAAGAGUUACAAGACACCCGACUGCACGGAAGGUGAGUACAUCAAUCACAGGGCUCAGUUUUAGGACCUAUUCUGUUCUCCAUGUAUACUAGCCAGCUCGGCAAAAUUAUUGAAAGUCAUGGUAUUUCCCACAAAAUAUUUGCAGAUGACACAGAACUGUACAAAUGUUUCCGCCCUGAUCCCUCGGGGUGUGCUGCUGCUUUUUAGGCUGUCGAGGACUGCUGUCUUGUUGUGAAAGAAUAGAUGCUAUUAAACAGACUAAAAUUAAACGAUGAUAAGACUGAGGCAAUUAUUUGUGGUUCAGACGCCAGUGUUCGGAAAGUUGCCACUGUAUCAAUACAAGUUGCUGAAUCAGAGAUCCCGUUGUCCUCGACUGUCAGAGACGUUUAACUUUUAUAUAGACAGUAAACUUAGUAUGAUUCCCCAUAUCACUUCUGUACUCAAGGCAUGCUUCUGUCAUCUGCAUGCCCUGGGUCAGCUGCGUCCUCAACUCAAUAGGAGAACAGCCAAUGCUGUAGUGGUAACUCUACUCCUGUCAAGAUUAGAUUACUGCAACAGUUGUCUGUUGGGUUUACCUCAGAACCAAAUUCAGAGACUCCAAAAGAUAUAAAAUACUGCUGCACGCAUGGGCACCCGCAAGGGGGGCAAGGGGGGCAGUUGCCCCCCCCCUGAAUUAUUUGGAUACAUUUUUUAAAGACAAAAAUAGACAAAAAAUAUAUUAAAAUAAAGAGAAAAUAAAGAGAAAGUAACUAAGCUGAUGUCCUGUUCGUUCGUUCACCAUACAAAUACGCUACAGUAAACUAAACCUACAUUAAAACAUUGCUAAAACAUUUUUGCGCCCCACCUGGAAAGUUAAUCGAUUUUUUUGGCCCCCCCCCCCUAGAAAGUUUUUUGCGGGCGCCCAUGGCAGCACGUAUUGUAUCUCGGAUGAAGAAAUCUGAUCAUAUCACCCCAGUUCUAUGAGAUCUUCAUUGGGUUCCUGUGAGUGAGCACAUUAACUACAAAAUUCUGUCCCUGGCGCACAGCUGCAUUAGAUGGCUCAGCACCGGAUAUCUCAAAGAAUUGAUUUAUAAACAUGUAUCCUUGAAGAGCCUGAGGUCUUCAACACAGUACUUACUGAGAGUUCCUACUAUGAAUGAACACAGAAAAAAGUCAUACGGAGUGCGCUCUUUUGAAGCGAUAGCGCCAAAAUUAUGGAACAGUUUGCCUCAAUCUUUGAUGGGAAUUGAAAAUGAUAAAAAUCAUUUAAGAAGCAUUUGAAAACUUUUUUGUUUAAAUAGAUUUCGGAAAACAAGAGCGUAGUGAGCAUGCCAUAGUGGCAUGGAUACAGACGCGAUAUAAAUAUCAAAUCGAUCAAAAAAUCAAAAAAGAUGCUUACAGAGUGUAAACAUUUAACAUUGCAGAUCUUGGAAUAUCCAGACACGAAAUAAAAGAGAUUUCCUCCGAUAAAUCUGUUAGUAUUCUCAUGGAUGAGAUCGUGCUUUUUCGGACUCCUUACGCUUCUCAAAGUUCUUCAGUUCAAAUAGUUCAGAUAUGUUUUAGAUAUUUCCUGUUAUGCCUGCAGUGGCGUGCUUUUCAAAAUUCCGCCCGGGGGGAAUAACAAUAUUUCAACGCUAAAACAACACACAACCACAGCUAUUACUUGAUGCUGUAGCAUUAACAUCCCCAGCUUCUUUCUGGUAAAUCACCCCCUUUGUACCAAGUAUGUUUUUCGCUUGAUUUCUCAUACCUGCUCAAAGAAAAAAUUCAAUCCAUGAUAGUCACGAAAAAUCUAUCCAACAUCCAGCGUGCCCACCCCAUUUUUGGGGCGUACGCUGUCUGUCACGGUGCAGUGAGCGAUGUUCUGGGUCAAGCUGUGACAGUGUGACAGGUCGAUGUGUGAGUGGCUGUCAGAUAGGUUACAAGGCACCCGACUGCACGGAAGGUGAGUACAUCAAUCACGCGUGCCUACAGAGUGUAAACAUUUAAUAAUACAGAUCUUGGAAGAUUCAGACAUGAAAAAAAAGAGAUUUCCUCCGAUAAAACUGUUAGUAUUCUCAUGGAUGAGCUCGUGCUAUUUCGGAUUCAUUACUCUACGGAAGUUCUUCAGUUUAAAUAGUUCAAAUAUGUUUUUGGACAUGACUGUGAUUUCUGAAGUGACGCAUUGUCCAAAAUGAUUCCAGGCGGGUAUAAGAAUAUUUCGACCCUAAAGCAACAACAAAACACAAUCAGAGCUAUUACAUUAAGCUUUAGUAUUAAAAUCCACAGCUUCUCUCUGGUGGAUCUCCUCAUUUCGUUCCAAGUAGACUUUUCGCUUGAUUUAUGAUUCUUUCGCCCUCAAAACGCUUGCAAGAAAUGCAAAGAUUUUUUUUAGUAGUUUUUUUAACCAUCUAGAAUCAGAAUGGCGUCGAUUUUGCGAAUAAAAAAAAAAACCAACUUCGUUAUUCCACCAGUUUGCAAUCCCGGCUAUUACGGAGCCAACUGCACUCAGACUUGUCCUGCC